UUUAGAGGAGAGCCGGAGCCGCGGACAAGGGACUGAGUCUCCUGCGGCCGGGCCCGCCGCUUUCCCUUCGCAGCCGCCCUUUCCUUCUCUUGGUAUCUACCUCAGGGCGCUUCGCGCGGCUUGUCUCGGCGAGGGCAAGAGCAGGUCCGGGAGCGACGCAAACCGUCGAGAGCGAAGGGGCUGUGCGGCGAGAGGAACUCUUGGGGAGCGCGGGAGAAGUUGGCGGAGACGCGCGUCCAGCUCGCCGCCGAGUGGGUUUGCUUCGUGCGGGGUUCGCUGCGGGAGGGCUUAGAGGCAUCUUGUGGAAGAUGCACACGACCCAGAAGGAUACCACUUACACCAAGAUCUUUGUCGGGGGGCUGCCCUACCACACCACCGACUCCAGUCUGCGCAAGUACUUCGAGGUGUUCGGGGAGAUCGAGGAAGCCGUGGUCAUCACCGACAGGCAGACGGGCAAAUCCAGGGGAUACGGAUUUGUGACCAUGGCCGACCGAGCUGCUGCUGAAAGGGCUUGCAAGGAUCCUAAUCCAAUCAUAGACGGCAGAAAGGCUAAUGUGAACCUAGCAUACCUAGGAGCAAAACCGAGAAUAAUGCAGCCAGGUUUUGCCUUUGGUGUUCAGCAGCUCCAUCCAGCAUUAAUACAGAGGCCUUUUGGGAUCCCUGCUCACUAUGUCUAUCCUCAGGCUUUUGUGCAACCAGGAGUGGUAAUUCCACAUGUCCAGCCCACCGCAGCUGCCGCUUCCACUACACCUUACCUUGACUACACUGGAGCAGCCUAUGCUCAGUAUUCAGCUGCCGCAGCAGCGGCGGCAGCAGCAGCCUACGACCAGUAUCCCUAUGCAGCAUCCCCAGCUGCCGCAGGCUAUGUCACUGCUGGGGGUUAUGGCUAUGCAGUCCAGCAACCAAUCACUGCAGCAGCACCUGGGACAGCUGCAGCAGCUGCUGCCGCCUUUGGCCAAUACCAACCUCAACAGCUGCAAACAGAUCGUAUGCAAUAACGGAUGGACUUGCGAAGAAAGUUUUCUCUCUCUUUUAAUUCUUCCUAUAUUUACCUUCCAGCCUUCCAAUAGAAAUAGUUUUGAAAAAGCAAUUAACCUUAACUAAUCCAGCUUUAAGGAAAGUUACAAUGCAAUAGGGUAUUACAGAAAAAAGAAAAAGAAAAAUCCAUUGUCUCUGCACAGUAUGCAUCCAUACCAUGGGUAGUAUUAUAAGGUGGGUAUUGUUAACAGUUUCAAGUAUCAGUCAGGGGGCAUCAUCCUAUCAUGAAAGGAUGGCAGAAGUUAACAAUAGAAGCUUGCAUUUUCAAAAGAAAAAGGAAAAAAAAGUAAAAGAUGCGUUUUUAUAAUAUCAGGGAAAAAAUAUCCAGGUGAGCAAUAUGUAGCCUGUAUCAAGUUGAAGAUGACUAUUAUUUAAAUGUUGAAAGCACUGACUGUCCUCACAGCUUUUCACUAUGGCCUACAGAACUUUGUUUGAGUAAAUAUUUCAAAAAGUUUUCUUAGGAUCUCAUUAUGGGCAUCGAACAAACUAAGGAACGUGGCCUUUUGGGAAAAGGGUGGACAGGCACCAAAGUUAUUUUCUCAUCUGUCCUCUGUAUGAAUGGGACUAUGGAGCAAGUGGUGUGGAAUUAAUGGGCGCAACAGCUGUACAGACAAUCAGUAACACAGACUGUUCUGGAAAAGAACACAUCGCUUGUGCUCGUUUGAUGAGCUUGUCACAUUCUAAUCCCCUCUCCCCCAUCCUGUUUCACUUUUAGGAAACUUUGACUGCUAGUGUCAGCUAUUCUGAUUCUGACAUAGGAUCAGCUCUUUACUACAACAGCCUCCUCUUUUUAUUUAUUGUAUCUAUUCAUGGCUUGAGAAUAAAGGCAGGAAGAAAUUUGCUGAUUUAAAACCUUUUAAGAACUGUGUUAAGGGAUUGGGGGGAUGAUUUAUAUGCAAUUUAUUACCUAUUUAAAAUAUUUAUUAGCGAAAUGCAAGUUUUUCACGAGACAACCUGUUGAGAUUGCAGUUCUUCAAGGAUUAAUGCUAUUAUUGUGCCUUAAAUGUAAUGCUAUUUAAAAUAUAUAUAUUUAUUUUGAAACUUGUACAAUGCUGCACUCUCAAGAAAACAACUUUAGAUGUGAAACUGUAAAAUUAUGUAUUCAUCUCAUAGUAUAAAUUAUUUAGUAGAUUUAGCUGUAGUAUAUAAAAUAUUAACCUAAUUGACUUAAAAUGAUGACAUAAGUUUUAUUCAAGUGAGUACACCUUUUGUAGGGGUAUUUUUAACACUUCUUUUAAAAAGGUUUUGAUCUUAAAAAUGCUAAUUUCAUGCUUCUCCUUCUCACCUUUGUCCUAAACCCAUUUACUUGGAAAAGUGCUAUUAAUUUUGGUGGAAUUUACUUCCCUGUAAGUGGGUAUUCCUUAAGGAUUGGGGUAUGAAGUUAGAAUACUCCACACAGUUGCUUAGGAGACAGGCCUUAUUGAUGCAUUCCUGGUGUGGAAUGAGGGGCGCUUCCAUACGGCCUGGUGACAGGCCUCACUAAUCACGUCUGCAGAUAGGAGCCACAAGAGCUGGAUGAAUGUGUAUCCAUGUAAUUCAUCCAGUCCAUAUGGUUCCCCUUUACAGACCUUACAGGAGCAACAUCAGUCUAGACUAUACAAAAACAGCUGCCAGGCCAUAACCCUAACAUGGAAUUGGGUUUAAGUUCUACUGAUCUUGCUUGGACUUGGUCCCAACUAGGUAUGCAGAAGGUUGGGUCUGAAGCCCCAGUCUUAAAUGCAUUAUAUGGAAACAGACUCCAUAAUUUAAUCCAUGUAAUACAUUUAGGCAUGAGAUAUCAGUGUUUUCUCUUUCAAAUCACAAAUGGGUAGUUUUCACUUUCAUCUCUAUCUAUAUCAACUAUUAUUCCUUUAGUAGGAAACGCUGCUUUUACAUUGUCCUGUGAAACUGCAAUAAGUUACAAUUUUUUGUUCUUGAGCUAAAAAUGGAAUUUAAUAUUUUAGACUGUAUUGGAAUCUUUUUAUACUUGAACAAUUUCAUACAAGGGAAGACAGGAUAGCAUUUUUAUGGACUUUAUCCAAUGUCACUGGAUUUAUUUUAAAUAUUUUGGAUACUAGCCAGUGUUAUAUAAGGCAGAUAACAUGACUUUCACAUGCAUGUUAUUUAUUAUGUAUAUUGCUUUAUAAUGUUUCAGAUCUUCUAAUCUAUACACUUGUAUUAAAAAUCCAUAAAAAUUACUGUUGAAUUCAGUCUGUUUACAGCUGUGCCAAAACCAGAUUCCUGCCUUAUUAGGAUAUGAACAUUAACUGAACAUUGUUUCAUACAGAUUAAAUCGGGCCAUGUUAACGCUGUUUCAUUUUAA